CCAGUUCUUUAUCUCAGGAGAUAGAGAGAGAGAGAGAGAGAGUAAUGGAGACUUCCUGUGUGUUUGGCAACGGGUUUCAGCAUAUCCUCACCCGCCCUUCACCCAUAACCUCCUCGGUUUCCAAUCCCAGACCUAACAAGAAGUCUCAAUCCACCGGUGCGAUUACUCCUUCUACCACAUCUACUAUUCUCCGUGAGCCUUUCAGUAGACCCACAAAUGCCUCGACCACACGCUCAAGACAUCAUCUGUCAGUUUCCUAUAAAGCAAGACAAUCUGCUAUUCUUGAUAUUCAAGAGUCCUCUGAUUUGGACUCUGCUCUUGCAAGGUCAGGAAGGAUGCUGAGAGUGCAAGAUUUGAAUGUUAUUUUGCGCCAUUUUGGGAAGCUUAACAGGUGGCAGGAGCUUUCUCAGGUUUUUGAUUGGAUGCAGCAGAAUGGAAAGACUAGUAUUGCUUCUUACAGCAGUUAUAUAAAGUUUCUGGGGAAUAGCCUUAAUUCAGUUAAGGCUCUGGCACUCUACAAUAGCAUAAAAGACAAGUCAACCAGGAAUAAUGUCUCUGUUUGCAAUUCUGUUCUUAGUUGUCUGGUGAGGAAUGGAAAGUUUGAAAACAGCAUCAAACUUUUUCAGCAGAUGAAACAUGAUGGUCUAAUACCAGAUAUUGUUACAUACAGUACGCUACUUGCAGGCUGCACCAAAGCUAGGGGUGGCUAUGCUAAGGCAUUAGAAUUGGUUCAGGAGCUCAAGUGUAAUGGGCUGCGCAUGGACAGUGUAAUCUAUGGGAUUCUUCUAUCUGUCUGUGCAUCAAAUAAUCAAUGCAAAGAAGCAGAGAGCUACUUUAACCAGAUGAAGGAUGAAGGUCAUCCUCCAAAUGUUUUCCAUUACAGCUCUUUGCUCAAUGCGUAUUCAAUGGAUGGAAAUUAUGAGAAGGCUGAUGAGUUAGUUGAAGAGAUAAAAUCUGCAGGGUUAGUACCAAAUAAGGUUAUUUUGACGACUUUGCUGAAGGUAUAUGUUAGGGGAGGUUUGUUUGAAAAAUCAAGAGGACUGUUCAAGGACCUAGAAGCUCUGGGCUAUGCUGAAGACGAGAUGCCAUAUUGUUUACUGAUGGAUGGCCUUGCAAAGGCAGGACAUAUAUAUGAAGCCAAAUCAAUAUUCGAUGAAAUGAAGAAAAAAGCUGUGAAAACUGAUGGCUACUCUUACAGUAUUAUGAUUUCAGCAUUCUGCCGAAGUGGGCUUCUCGAAGAAGCAAAGCAAUUGGCUUGUGAUUUUGAAGCCGAAUAUGACAGAUAUGACGUGGUUAUUUUGAAUACAAUGCUAUGUGCAUACUGCAGAGCAGGAGAAAUGGAGAACGUAAUGAAAAUGAUGAAGAAAAUGGAUGAAUUAGCAAUUAGUCCUGAUUGGAAUACUUUCAAUAUUUUGAUUAAAUAUUUCUGCAAGGAGAGGUUGUACAUGCUUGCUUAUCGCACUAUGGAGGACAUGCACAGGAAAGGCCACCAACCAGAGGAGGAACUUUGUUCCUCCUUAAUUUUUCAUCUCGGUAAAAGUGGUGCCCAUUCAGAAGCAUUUUCUGUAUACAAGAUGUUGAGAUAUAGCAAGAGGACAAUGUGCCAGGCCCUUCAUGAGAAGAUUCUGCACAUUUUAAUUGCUGGACGACUUCUCAAAGAUGCAUAUGUGGUUGUCAAGGACAAUGCAAGGUUUAUAUCUUGGCCUGCUAUGAAGAAGUUUGCAACUUCAUUUAUGAAAUUGGGCAAUGUAAAUUUGAUAAAUGAUGUAAUAAAAGCUAUCCACAGUUCUGCCUACAAGAUAGAUCAGGUAAUAAAUUGAUUUUUAUUUAUAUAGAGAAGUUGCAUAUGAGCAUCAUUUUUUAAGCAUGGGGUUCUUUUACAUCGUGAUGAGAAUAUGACACAUGAGAGUAUGGGUGCUGUUAGGAGUCCGCAACUGCUGUAAAACAUCACGAAUAACCCAUUUGAUUUGAACAUUUCUGCAUUUCGUUUUUGAAGUAAAAUGCAUGAUGUGGCAAGAAGAAAGCAUUUGAAGUAAUUAAAAAUUGACCAUUAUGAACCUUGGGGCAUCUCCUGUUUGGGUUCUAUAGACAAAUAUAAUGCAAUUUUGUAUCUGACAACAGGGAAAAAAUGAAUAUGCAGGUAGCCUGAUUGGCUUUGGCACUAAAUACUUCCCCUUUCUCCCCUUCAACCACCUCAGAUCCACUUGUACGCCAAAACUGGAAAUUGGCGUUCUAGUUGUACUUAAUGCAAUCCAGUUCUCUCUCUUUUUUUUUUAAUGUUUUGGGGUGGGGGAGGACAACGAUUACCUCUUCUAUAUUGCAUCUUUGUCUUGCGUAACAUAGAAUCAUCUUCUUUUGUUGCAUUUUAUGGUCUAGGAAGUAUUUCAUAUGGCCAUAUCUCGUUAUGUUGCACAUCCCGAAAAGAAAGAACUGCUUCUCCAGUUGCUGCAAUGGAUGCCAGGUCAAGGCUAUGUUGUUGAUUCGUCAACAAGAAACCUAAUUCUCCAGAACUCAGACAUAUUUGGGCGACAACUCAUUACCGAGAUAUUGUCCAAGCAGCAUAUGGUGUCAAAAGCAUUAAAAUCUCGUGAGAUGGAGAAAUAAGUUUGAAGACCAAGGCAUUCUGAGGGAAGUUUAUUCUGUAGCUUACCUCUUUGGAUGGCCAAAGAAGAAUCUGAUGCUGGGCCAGCCCUGAAGGCUAUGCUGCUGACGUGUAGCGUGUUCAUGUUGUCGAAGGAUAGUUUCUGUGGUGUAUCACCCAUUUUUAAUCUGACAGAUGGCGGUUGGAUGAGAUUGAGCAAUUGAUGAUAUUCCUCGCAAAAUGAAUCAACAGAUCAGGUAACUUCACUGGUCUGAAUAGAAGGUAACUUCACUAAUCACAUUGGCGGAGCCGCCCUCCUUUGUCCACUGUUGUUCCUGUUAGAGUAUUCAUAAUAAGGGUAAUUUAGGUAUUUUUUUUAAUGUUGUGUUGUCCUAUUAUAUAAGGAUUACUUUGUGUAUUUUUAGGUUAAGAUUGUGUAUUUUUAGGUUAA